ACUUGAAACUGGGAGACAACGAACGUGUUGUUUGUUAACACUUGAGAGUUCCAUGGAGCUUUUAACCAUAUACGCAGUUUCUCUAGCCACAGUUGUACUCAUCAUUUGGUUUCAUAAGCCCCGAGUAAGCGCCACUACUCCCGGCAACAAAAGCAAUCCCAACAAGAGGCUGCCGCCUGGGCCAUGGACCCUUCCGAUCAUCGGCAGUAUCCACCAUGUCAUGCGUGGCCUCGGACACCGCACAAUGAUGGAGUUGUCUCGCCGCCAUGGCCCCCUGAUGUUCCUCAGGCUUGGGGAGGUUCCCACCCUUGUGGUGUCCAGCGCCGAGGCGGCGGAGCUGGUGAUGAAGACCCACGACCUCGCCUUCUGCUCCCGGCCGACGACCAGCGUCACCAUCGACAUCGUCGGCUGCAAAGGGAAGGGAAUCGGCUUCGCCCCCUACGGCGACCGCUGGCGUCAGAUGAAGAAGAUUGUCGUUAUGGAGCUUCUUUGCGCCGCGCAGGUGAAGCGCAUCGAGUCCAUCAGGGCUGAGGAGGUCGGCCGCCUCCUCCAAUCAGUCGCCGCCGGAGCCAGAGCCGGUGUGGUGAACAUCAGCGAGGAGGUGAAAGCGCUAGCACCAGACCUCGUAGCCAUGGCCAUGUUCGGCGGCAAGUGCGCGGAGAAGUCUGACUUCGUCAUCCAGUAUGACGAAGUCAGCAAACUGGUGUCCGGAUUCUUCCCGGUGGACUUCUUCCCGUCCUCAAGGCUGGUGCGGUGGCUGAGCAUCGGCGAGCGCCGCCUCGUGAGGAGCUACGGCCGCAUCCAGCGCAUCAUUGCGAGUACCAUCGAGAGCCGCAAAGCUGCCAAAAAUGGGGCCUGCAGCCCCGAUCAAGAGGAUCUGCUGGGCGUGAUGCUCAGGCUGCAGGAGGAUGAUUCACUGACUUUCCCUCUAACCUCGGAGAUUAUAGGCGCUGUCAUGUUUGACAUUUUUGGAGGUGCGACAACCACCAUAGGAUCCACUUUGGAGUGGGCCAUGUCGGAGCUCAUGAAAAAGCCUGAGGCUAUGCAGAAGGCACAACAAGAGGUUCGAAAAGAGCUAGGUGGAUUACGGGGUGUCAUCACUAAUACUGACCUUGUUGGACUCAGCCACAUACGAAUGGUUAUCAAGGAAGUUCUUAGGUUGCAUCCUCCCAACCCUCUACUCGUUCCCCGUGAGUCCACAGAGGAUUGUGAAAUAUUGGGUUAUCACGUUCCCAAAGGCACCAAGGUACUUGUCAAUGCAUUUGCAAUUUCUCGGGAUCCAAGAUACUGGAACAACCCUGAAGCAUUUAAUCCAGAGAGGUUUGAGAACAGCAAUAUUGAUUACAAAGGAACAAAUUUUGAGUUCACGCCCUUUGGGUCUGGUCGACGACAGUGCCCUGCGAUAAUGUUUGGCACAUCCACUUUGGAGAUUGCAUUGGCAAACCUUCUCUAUCACUUUGACUGGAUGCUUCCUGAUGGACUGAGCCCAGAGUUGGUGGACAUGUCUGAGAAAUACGGGAUGGGGGUAAGCAAAAAGUUGGACCUGCAUUUGAGAGCCAUCCCAUAUGUACACUCCAGUGCUGCAUAGGUAUUGAGGGCUUUGUUACACCUUGAGGUCCCUUGUCAUUGUAUUAUUUUGCUGCUCAUCUAUCUUUCAUAAUAAGGGAGGAUGUUCCUAUGCUGAUUUUUGUUGUCGUUUGUUUUACCUACGUGGUUGCUUGGAAUAUUGUAAUACUAAUGUUCAGAAAGUUCUUUCUUGGUGUAGAGACUGAAAGUGAUAAAAAAUCCUUUCAGAAAACAAAAGUAUGAGCAAGGUAUAUCGUUAUAUCUGCGCUACCAUAUAUAGUCAUAUGUUGAUGCA